AUGUCCAGUCUCAGGGUCCUCAAAACAUCAGCCUCGACGUUGCUGAGACAGUGCAGUCGCCCAGCUGCGACCCGUGCACUGUCCACCGCUGCCGUCGCCAAUUCUGCACGACGCGGUCCUUGGUCAACGUCGAGCGCCGUCCAGAAACGUCUCGCAGGACCCCAGAGGCUGUCGAUUCGCUCACCGUUCAGCACGUCGUCCAAGACUUUGAACGAAGCGUCCAAAAACGAAAAUCCUGGGUAUCAGGAUGUGCCAUGGGUUGACCUCUUGGAAGGAACAGCCAAAGCCCCUUGGCUUACCGAACUGGUACCAGACGAAGAGCUGAGGCUGAAGAUUGCCCACGGUCUCAUCCGGACAAUUAUCAUCUACCUCACAAAGCCGGGCGGCGAAGGAGGCGAAGACGCAGCUGCCCAAUACCUUUCCCUCUUCCAAAGCGCCAGCGUCCCAGCCGACUCGGAAAUGGCGCGCGCCAGGAUAGCCAUCGCAAUCAUCCUCCAAGGCGUCGCCAAACAGAUCAACUCUGUCGACCAAAAGUCGCAGAUGAGGCUAUUCCUCAAGCCUGUCUUUGACGCUGGUGAGAAGCUGCAGAAGGUGAACGAGAAGUUCCUCGAUGAGAAGGGCGCCUGGAAGAACUUUGAUGUCUGGGGAGACUAUUGGGGUACCGUACAGCAGCCUUUCUUGGAAGCGUAUGAUUCCCUUCAGAAGGCCGGGAUGGAGCUCCCUAUGGAAGAGCCCUGAUACUCUGUAAGGUAUUCUGUACAAUACUGUUAUCCUUCGUGAAUAUGACAGCAAUAUAGUACAA